AUGGAAAUGGAUAGGUUGACACGCCGGCAGGCGGACCGGAUUGAGUACGUCAUGCGGGAUCUCUUACGCGAUUUGCAACUCAUAGCAUUUCUUCCCGUAGACUUGUACCCCUGGACGCGUAGAAGCUGCCUUGAAGCGGCGCGGAACCUUUUGGCGGAGGCAAGCAUGAAUCAGGGUAUGAAUGGGGCGGCAGCGCAGAUUUACGGAGAGGAUGACAACUCAACAUAUGUUGCUCAGCUUAUAUAUGGUCUUGCUGAGCGGUAUGGUGACGCAACUGACGUUGAUAAUAAUGAGUUACUUUUGCAAAUGACUGAGUUCGCAGAAUUAGAAAGGGAAAUGCUAGACACCGCCACGUCGGUGGGCGCAGUGGAUGAAUACGAUAUUAACCGACACCACAAACUUUUUCGUGCGGUGUUGGACACCCUGCAGCAAGAGGGCUACACAGAGCUUGUUGCUCACUCGCUGAAGUGGGGAAGCGGUGACGACUCAGCUGUAGCACAACCACCGGGUGCUUAUCCCAUGGAGCCUAGCGUUUUCAAUCGUUUAGUCGAUCCUGGAAUGUUGUCGCUGCAGCGCACCGUCGAGUGCCUAUGUGAGCUGUUGGUUGUUCGCAACACCUCUACUGUAACUGAGGACAUACACAACUAUAAGAUAUUGCAUGAGGCGGUUAACAAAGAGAAGAGUUCAUCCGCCGAUGUGAAGGCUCUGAAACGUGAAUACCAUGAGAUAAGGGAGGCACGUCGCACAGAAGUGGCUGCAUUGCAGGCGGAGGUGCGCCAGUUAGAGGAUGAGAUCGAGUACACUCGUAGUGUGUUAGAACUCGAGCUGUCGGCUUUCGGCGAGGCAAAUGCCAAACUGGAAGAGGAACGCCAAGUGGAGGAGGAGGAGCGUAUCAACGCACUGAAGGAGGAAGCGGAGCACUUAAAACAGAAACUCGAUGGACUUAUUGCGGCGAAUCAAGGGGAGGCCGCAACGCUUCGCACUCAGCGAGCAAAGAAGGAGGCGGCUGUGAGCGCCGCAAUAACGGAGUACGACACUCAAAUGGCCACUUUGCAUGCUGCAUCUGUGGCGCUCAACAAGGAGACGGAGGAAGACACUGAGGCCAUAGUUGCAUUGGAUGGUGAGUUGGGGGCACUAUGUACCGAAAGGAAUGAAUAUGAACUAGAGAAAUAUAUUGAAGAGAUGCGCGAGAAGCAUUAUGAGCGCAUGCACGAGCAGACGACGAGGUAUGCCUCCACCAUCCAGGCUUGCUUCCGCGCGUACCUCACGCGGGUGAACUUCGAAAGGGGACUGGCUAAUUCUAAGCGAAAAAGGAAGCGGAAGAACAAAUAG